GCGACGUGCUCAAUUGUGAUCGCUACGUACAUUCAUUCAUAUCAGCUGUCACGAACGUCGACAUCCACGAGACUCGGCGGUUUGAUGGCCGUUUUAGGAGCAUUUUUUUCACUGAGUACUGAUGGCUGUCAAGGGACUAGUCUCGUCGAUUGUCAAGUUUCUGACAGACCAAUUGCAAGAUGGCGAUAUAACUGCUGAUUCACGAGAGAGUUUGGAAGUAGCAAUCCAGUGUCUGGAGAGUGCUUAUAAUGUGCAAGCUUCUGAUGCCCCCGCAAAUGUAAAUCUGUAUCAAAUUUAUAAAAAUGCAGUGGAGAAUGCCGCGCCAGUUCUGGGUCCAGAAGCUACGCCGGAAGCAAAAGCUGAAGCAGAAAGAUUGAAAAACGAAGGCAAUACACUUAUGAAACAAGAAAAGCAUCAUGAAGCACUUGCCAAUUACACAAAGGCAAUAACAUUAGAUUCUCGCAAUGCAGUGUAUUAUUGUAACAGAGCUGCCGUUCAUAGCAAACUUGGUAAUCACACCUUAGCCAUCAAAGACUGUAACACGGCGCUUUCUAUUGAUCCGUCAUACAGCAAGGCAUAUGGUCGGUUAGGUUUAGCAUAUUCAAGUUUGGAGAGGCAUAAAGAGGCUAAGGAGAGUUAUGAGAAAGCCUUAGCGAUGGAACCGGAUAACGAGAGUUAUCGAAACAAUUUGCAGUUGGCAGAAGAGAAAUUGGCCCAAUUAGGUGUCAAUCAGUCUUUGCCUAAUUUACCCGGCAUGGACUUGAGCGCCCUUUUAAGUAAUCCUUCUUUAAUGAAUAUGGCGCGUCAGAUGUUAUCCGACCCAGCUAUGCAGAACAUGAUGUGUAAUCUUAUGUCUGGUAACGUGGAAGAGGGUGGUCGCAUGGAAUUACUCAUAGAGGCAGGCCAACAAUUGGCGCAGCAAAUGCAGAACGCAAACCCCGAGUUGAUCGAGUCGCUGAGACGGCAAAUGGGCGGCAAUCCGAAUGACCCGGAACCACCGCAACAAAAUUAAAGUACGGCUGGUUGUGUGAUAGAUGAACAUGAACUUUAUGGACAUUAUAGCUGACUUUUUUCUCAUUCGUAGUUACAGAUCAGUACAUUGUAUCGUUUUCUAACGAACGCCGUGAGGCAAGAUUUACAGCUUCAAUGAUAAUUCUAUCAUAUAUCUACGCGAUAAUGCGCGCAUACCAUAGAAUUCAUUUCAUAGAUUAGCCGUUACGGGUGCAACAUCGGGCCUCUCUCUUCUUCUCAUCUUCUCUUUAACUAUUGUAUAGUUUUUUAUAGCAUGCUACAGAUUGAACGUAACAAAACGUUUUUUUAAUGUCACAAUAAUUUGAGUGACUAUAAUAAUUGAGCGAUACCCCAAUUUUCCGCAUCAUCCAGGGCAUUAUUUCUAGAUCAUGCACUGUAUUACGAAUGACAAUUGCGCGUGAAUUUAUAUAACACAACUGUUCAUAAUGUCUCGGUUGAAUAACUGAACGUUUAAUUGACGCGAAAUAUAUACGAAUUCAUGAUACCGACCGAAUUGCAAAUCAUUGUUUAAUAUUUUAUUCAUAUCAUAUUACAUACAUAUAUAUGAAAUGAAUUGAACUUUUCUGUCAACGUUUUAUAAAUGCGUAAUUAUUGAAUUAUGCAUGAUUGUUGGUUGAUGAAAUCUUUGAACUAAACACAAAACGGAAACUUUUCCGCAGACUUUUUAUCAGAUUUACAAUCUCACGUUUCUCGAAUUUCUUAGCACGCAGCAUAUUGAAAAUAAUGACAACGUGCUAAUACUAACAAACAAAUUGUAAUAAAAAUUCGAGCAUGAAGAAAA